ACGAAUCCAAACAAACUGCCCGGUGCUUUGUUACUGUUUCAGAUGUUCGAACCGCCCCUCAGUUACGAUGACCCAAAUGGGCGUGAUCUCGCGCGCGACGGUUCAUGCGUCAUCUACAAGCCUUGAUACCGAGCUGAGCGGAAAUUGCUUUAGGUAGUCGGUGUAAUCGUCGACGCUUUCAGACGAAACGCAAAAUUCUUAAAAUAGACGGAAGAUGGGCCCUCACCAUCGCAAACAACGGAGUGUGGUUGUGAAAGCUGAAUCGAUGGACCACAGUGGAGUGUGUCCGCCAGAUGUGCAGCAGGUGUUGGUGAUUAAAGAAGAGGUUCCCAUUGAGCAAGAUGAGUGGGACCCCAGUUUGGAUCAUGAUGACUCUAAUCCCCUAUACAUUAAAGAAGAAGAGGAGGAAUUCUGUAUCAGUCAGGAGGGGGAGCAGCAUGAAGGACUUGAAGAAGAUAAUAGCAUGUUUCCAUUUGAUCCUCUGACACGUGGCCAUAACGAAGCGGUACCUCAGUUUUCACAGCUUCAUCAAAGUCAAUCUACUGAGCACUUGAGAGAAAGAGUUCCUCAAGCUAUCUGCUCAGCUAAUGACAUAAAGACAGAAGCUAAUGGGAUGGAUGGUUAUGAGUCAGAACCUGAUAGCCACUUGAAUCAAGAUGAUUGUUUAAGUCUGGAUCCUGGUAACAAACCUAUAUACAUUUCUGAAACAGAGAGUGAUGAAGAUGAUGAAAUCAGGAAGAGGGUCAGAAAAUCUCAAUCACCAUUUUGGGAAAAAAAUGGAAUUCCAAUUUACAAAGUUACAAUGAUGCCACUCUCUCAACUUCAACCACUGGUUUCUGGAAAAGGAAAGGGCCCUUGUCAUAUCAGCUCUCCUGGCCUUUCUGCUGACAUGUCUCGGCAAACUUUUACAAGGGCAGGUGUCCCUAAUGUCACCCACUUUCAACCGUUGGCUUCUGGCAAACCAAAGGCCUCCCAUCAGAUAGGCUCUCCUGGCUUCUCUGCUGACUUCACCUGUCAAAGUGUUGCUGUCCAAAGGGCAGGUGUCUUCAAACCUUCACACAUUGCCGGCUCCUCUGUCACUCCUGGAAGCGCUGUCACUCCUCAGAACUUGCAACCUGUUGGAUGGCUGUAUGGUGAUCCAGUGUAUGCUAUUGGAGCAGGAGGGUUCACACCUCCAUACUCUGCUGCUCUGCCCAAGAAUGCUUCCAUGUCAGUAAAGCAGACCCCUGAAUCCAAACGGAAAAAAGAGGAUAAGCCGUAUAUUAAAAAGCCACCCAAUUCUUUCAUGCUGUUCAUGAAGGAACAGAGGCAAAAUAUUGUUGCUGAGUGCAAUGUGAAAGAGAGUGCCACUGUGAACCAGAUCCUAGGAAUGAAAUGGAAAGCUAUGUCUGAUGAGGAACAAGCUAAGUAUUACGAACUGGCUCAAAAAGAGAGAAUCCUCCACUCUCAAAUGUAUCCAGAUUGGUCACCCAGCGACAAUUAUGCUAAAAAGAAGAAGCGUACCAGGGUCAAGCCUGUCUUUGUAAUGGAAGCACAUGGAGAAGACCCAUCGCAGCCGAAGAGGCUUUGUGUGCUCCCAGGAUCUGAGGGCACACUGCAGCCACAGACUGUUGUAUUUAUGCCAUCUACACAGACUGCCACAUUAAAGUCACAACCACAGACUUUAGUCUUGCAGCAAACAGUACAGAAUGCUACAGUAAAACCGCAACCACAGGCUGUAAUGUUGCAACCAACAAUGCAGAAUGCUACAGUAAAACCACAGACUGCAUUGUUCCAACCAACAACGCAGAAUGCCACAGUAAAUCCACAGACUGAAUUGUUCCAACAAACAAUGCAGAAUGCUACAGUAAAACCACAGACUGAAUUGUUCCAUCAAACAAUGCAGAAUGCCACAGUCAAACCACAGACUGCAUUGCUCCAACCAACUAUGCAGAAUUCGACAGUAAGACCACAGACUGGAUUGUUCCAACCAACAACGCAGAUUGGCACAGUAAAAUCACAGACUGAAUUGUUGCAACCAACAACGCAGAAUGCUACAGUAAAAUCACAGACUGCAUUGCUCCAACCAACAACGCAGAAUUCGACAGUAAGACCACAGACUGGAUUGUUCCAACCAAAAACGCAGAUUGCCACAGUAAAAUCACAGACUGAAUUGUUGCACCCAACAACGCAGAAUGCUACAGUAAAAUCACAGACUGCAUUGCUCCAACCAACAACGCAGAAUUCGACAGUAAGACCACAGACUGGAUUGUUCCAACCAAAAACGCAGAUUGCCACAGUAAAAUCACAGACUGAAUUGUUGCAACCAACAACGCAGAAUGCUACAGUAAAACCACAGACUGAAUUGUUCCAACCAACAAUGCAGAAUGCCUCAGUAAAACCACAGACUGGAUUGUUCCAACCAACAAUGCAGAAUGCCUCAGUAAAACCACAGACUGGAUUGUUCCAACCAACAAUGCAGAAUGCCUCAGUAAAACCACAGACUGGAUUGUUCCAACCAACAAUGCAGAAUGCCUCAGUAAAACCACAGACUGGAUUGUUCCAACCAACAAUGCAAGAUGCCUCAAUAAAACCACAGACUGGAUUGUUCCAACCAACAAUGCAAGAUGCCUCAAUAAAACCACAGACUGGAUUGUUCCAACCAACAAUGCAAGGCGCUACAGUCAAACCACAGACUGGAUUGUUGCAACCAACAGUACAGAAUGCCACAGUAAAUCCACAGACUGGAUUGUUGCAACCAACAAUGCAGAAUGCCACAAUAAAACCACAGACUGGAAUCUUGCAACCAACAAUACAGAAUGCCACAAUAAAACCACAGACUGGAAUCUUGCAACCAACAAUACAGAAUGCCACAGUAAAACCACAGACUGAAAUCUUGCAACCAACAACGCAGAAUGCCUCAGUAAAACCACAGACUGGAAACUUGCAACCAACAACACAGAAUGCCUCAGUAAAACCACAGACUGGAAUCUUACAACCAACAACGCAGAAUGCUACAGUAAAACCACAGGCUGAAUCGUUGCAACCAACAGCACAGAAUGCCUCAGUAAAACCAGAACCACAGACUGUAGUGUUCCAGCCAUCAACACAGACUGCAACAUUAAAGCCACCACCACAACCUAUAGUGUUGCAAACAACAGCACAGAAUGCCGCAGGAAAACUAAAACCACAGACUUUUGUGUUGCAACCAACAGCACAGACUGUUGCGGGAAAUCCACAAAUGCAGUCUUCUGCAAUAAAGCCACAAAUGCAGUCUGUUGCGCUUAACCCACACACCCAGACUGCUGGGGUUAACCCACAAACGCAGACUGUUGUCUUGCAGCCUCACACUCAGACUGUUGUUUUGCAGCCUCACACUCAGACUGUUGUCUUGCAGCAUCAAACCUCAGCCUCAACGACUGCAAUGUUGCAGACAAACAAUAUCAUUCCACCACCACAGCAGAGGCAAAUUGAGCAAAAGCCUUAUAUUAAGAAGCCCCCCAAUGCUUUCAUGCUAUUCAUGAGGGAGCAGAGGCCCAAUGUUGUAGCACAGUACAAUAUGAAAGAGAGCGCCACUGUGAACCAGAUACUGGGACAGAAGUGGAAUGCUUUGACCAGGGAGGAGCAGGCCAAGUACUUUGAGCUUGCUCGUCAAGAGAAAAUUAUCCACUCUCAGCUGUACCCAGACUGGUCACCAAAUGCCAAUCCUAAAAGGAGGAGGAGGGUCAAGGUUGAGACCUACUCUAGAACUGAAGUUCCUGUUCCAGCGUUUGCAGAUGAGUCGUCACAGCCAAAGAUGCCCCCUGUCUUGUCAGGAUCCGACAGGAUGCCACACACGCAGACUGUUGUGAUAGAACCGCACACACAAGCUCUUGUGUUCAAACCUCACACACAGCCUGUUGUGUUGAAGCUGGGCACGCAGAGUGUUGUCAUGCAGCCGCACAACGUUUCUACUCAUAAGCAGAUAAAUGUGAAUCAAGAGACCUCUGCCUCUAUUGUGGACUCUAUAGAGACUUCGGUUAGUCAUUAAAAUUAGGAAUGUGAAGAGCAACAAAUCUAGUGUAUUUGUCUUUUGUUUUUGGUUUUUGUUUGUUUGUUGUUUUGCCUGGAAGUGAUAGUAGAAUGGUUGUCAGUUUGUUGGGUUACAUCAAAGAAGUCCUGGGCAUGAACCCAUUCUGACAGAUUGCAGCCUUUUAGUGUAAUUGCAGGUUACGUUAGUUGGUGUCGAGGAAGUUUAUGGCACUUGGGCUGUGAGAUGGAGCCGGAAAACUUGGAGGAAAACUACAGACACUGAGAAAAUACAAACUGGACACAAACGGUCAGGAUAAGAUUAACUCCUAACCUUCAUGGUGUGAAACCAGCAGGUGAGUUGCCCCUCUCGGGUACCAGCUGUGUUUCCUAAACUAGAGGCCAGGUGUGAUUGGCUUCAAAUCCAUGUCAGCUGCCAUUAUAACAAAAUGCCAACAUCUCAGCUGACAGAAGAGGAAGGGGGUUAUGUGUUCACGUCUGUAUCUGUUUGCCGUGGCCGUCAGCAAGAUGUCUCAAAAUAGGAAAGAGAUUUUGGAGGAGACAGUUCUUCCAUCCGGGAAGACUUGGCGACUUGCCUCUUAAGUUUUUCUUUUGUCUCUUUUCAGGUCUUUGACAUUGCAAGGUUGCUUUUCAUUUUAUGUAAUUAACAUUCUUGCCUUAUAACAUUACAAAGUUCAGAAAGAGGAUAAAAAAUAAAUUCUGCCCGCUCUCCGCUGUGGAUUUGUGGAGCUUGUCAGAGGCCCUCCCAUUCUUUGAGUGCACUUUCCAUUAUCUAGACAAAAAUCCACAUUUCACUGACUGACAACCAGAAGCUUGAAAUAAUCUGACUGAUGUUGAGAGUUGAAUAUAUUACUAAUUCUAAGAUACAUGAAACAAAACAGCAGAACACUAUUCACUGGUUAGUUUAUUUUAUGAAGUUGUUAUGAAGGACAUUGUUUAUGAUUUGAUCUUUUUCAACUUUAGCAUGUGACAUGACUGAGUUCUGAUUUCUGAAAGUUUGAAAUUGUUAGAAUACAAGUUAAGUAUUUGGAGUUGAACAUUAAUUGCUCUCUCACCAUCAUUCCUGAAUAUUGUGCAGUAUGGAACUGUAAAUUUUUCCAGUUGGAACAACACAUGUUGACGCAUCACUCACUCACCUCAGAGUUGAAAUAAAUCCUUUGAGAUGCAUAUACCUAUGGUUACAGACAACAAAACUGUAGAUGUUUAUGUCCAAAUUUGUACCUGAGUAAUGUGUAUGUAUAUAUGUUUACAUGUAUUUUGGAUAUAAAUACUAACUUUCAUCUAAA